AUGGAUCGCCCAGUAGAUCAAGGAACAACGGAUGCUCUGCCAACAGUUGAACCUCCUUCUCCUUCCAUUGGAUCAACAACGAAGUCAAAGGGAAGCAAUUGGCGGUCUGCUAUUCAGUACUUCAAUAGAGAGAUUGCAAUUGAAUAUGCAGACAUACCGAUUAUAGCAUGUUGUCUGGUAUCCGGUCUUUGCGACAGCAGCGCGUACAAUGCCUGGUCUUGUUUUGUUUCGAUGCAAACUGGCAAUACCAUCUUCCUUGCGCUGGGUGCAUCUGAUCAACCGAAAUCGAAACCCUUCGGCUGGCUCAAAUCGCUCGUAUCGAUCACCUCCUUCCUGCUCGGUUGCUUCAUUUUCGCAUCCACUCGUCUCAUCAACCCAAAAGCUCGCGGCACUCUCGCAACCUCCUUCGUCGUUCAAAGUCUAUUUAUAAUCCUUGCCGCAAUACUUGUACAAGCUGGAGUUGUGCCACAGCCCGAUGGGAUAGUCACGGAAAGUGGAUCGAAAGUCAACCUUCUAGAACUACUGCCCCUGGGCUUUCUGGCUUUCCAAUCGGGUGGACAAAUUGUCACAUCUAGAAUAUUGGGGUUCAACGAAGUACCUACGACCGUUCUAACGAGCGUUUAUUGCGAUAUUGCGAGUGAUUCCCACAUACUGGCGCGAGAUAAUGUCAAAAGAAAUCGAAGAAUCGGCGCAGUCAUAUUUAUAUUGAUUGGGGGCAUUGCUGGAGGUUGGAUAAGCAGAAGUUCUGCUGGAAUGUCAACGAGUUUGUGGAUUGCUGCUGGCAUAAAACUCGUCAUCGCCUUUUCUUGGUCCUUGUGGAAAUCGAAGAACGCGAAUCAGAUGUAG